GACAGCGACACCCCGCCUCCACCCGCACUCGUGGCCAUGUCGUCCGCCGCCGCCGCCACCGCCACCGCCGCCGCGGCCUCCUUCGCCGCCACCGCCGCCCCCUCCUCCUCCCGGCGCCGUAUCACUCUCCGCGGGCGCCCCUCCCCGCGCCGCGGCGUCGCCGCGAUGGCCGUGUCCACCCCGAGGUCGGCCGCCGCCUUCCUCGAGCGCCGCGAGUCGGAGCACGCCCUUCACUUCGUCAAGUACCAGGGACUCGGGAACGACUUCAUCAUGGUGGACAAUAGGGAUUCGGCGGUGCCGAAGGUGACGCCGGAGGAGGCGGCGAAGCUGUGCGACAGGAACUUCGGGGUGGGCGCCGACGGCGUGAUCUUCGUCAUGCCUGGGGUCAAUGGAGCGGACUACACCAUGAGGAUCUUCAACUCUGACGGCAGUGAGCCGGAGAUGUGUGGUAAUGGAGUCCGUUGCUUUGCUCGCUUUAUAGCUGAGCUUGAAAAUCUACAGGGAACACAUAGCUUCAAAAUUCACACUGGUGCUGGGCUAAUCAUUCCCGAAAUACAAAAUGAUGGCAAGGUAAAAGUUGAUAUGGGCCAGCCCAUCCUCUCUGGACCUAAUGUUCCAACAAAACUGCCAUCCACCAAGAAUAAAGCUGUUGUUCAGGCUGAUUUGGUAGUUGAUGGUUCAAUAUGGCAAGUCACAUGUGUUAGCAUGGGCAAUCCACACUGUGUCACGUUUGGCACAAAGGACCUAAAGGAUUUGCAUGUUGAUGAUUUAAAGCUUAGUGACAUUGGGCCUAACUUUGAGCAUCAUGAAAUGUUUCCUGCUCGGACCAACACAGAAUUUGUCCAGGUCCUGUCUCGCUCACACCUCAAAAUGAGAGUUUGGGAGCGUGGUGCUGGAGAGACUCUUGCUUGUGGAACUGGUGCUUGUGCAGUAGUUGUUGCUGCUGUCCUCGAGGGCCGAGCUGAAAGGAAAUGUGUAGUUGAUUUGCCUGGUGGACCAUUGGAAAUCGAAUGGAGGGAGGAUGACAAUCAUGUUUACAUGACUGGUCCCGCAGAGGCUGUUUUCUACGGAUCAGCAAUUCACUAGGUACCAGGGACCAAGCUGGAAAGAUUUGCCACAAUUAGGAGCCUGAGAGACUGAGCAUAAGGUCUUUCAAACAGAUGUUUUGGUACCAGUACAACCCCUCCUGGUUCUUAAUUGCAUCUGUUUACUGUGGACAGAAUUAGAGUCUCCUUUCAAAUAAUUCUACUAUUUUAAACCUUUUGUGCUCCUUUAGCUUGUCAAGUUGGAACCCUAUCUCACCUACUUUUUUUGUUUCUUUUCUUUGGCAAUGAACCCAUGCUGUUUAAGUGCAUAUGCAUUUGAAUAUUUGUGUCUAUGAAUAUCCCAAUUUACUACA